AGCCCUGCGAGCAGGCAGCGCCGGCCCCCCGCCCCGCGGCCCCGGGCCCCGGCUCCGGCGCCGUCCCCCCUCCCCGGCCGGGCGCCGCGGCCCUGGCAUGAGGAGCGGGCGAUGAUCCCAGCCAACGCCUCCGUCAGGAAGGGGCCCGAGAGCAAGUAUCCGCUGCACUACCUCGUGUGGCACAACCGCCACCGCGAGCUGGAGAAAGAGGUCCGCGCCGGCCAGGUGGACAUCGAGCAGCUGGAUCCCCGUGGGCGGACCCCCCUGCACCUGGCCACCACACUGGGACACCUCGAGUGUGCCCGUGUGCUCCUGGCACAUGGUGCAGAUGUGGGCAGGGAGAAUCGCAGCGGCUGGACAGUGCUUCAGGAGGCUGUGAGUACCCGGGACCUGGAGCUGGUGCAGCUGGUGCUGAGGUACCGGGACUACCAGCGGGUGGUGAAGCGGUUGGCGGGCAUCCCCGUGCUCCUGGAAAAGCUGCGCAAGGCCCAGGACUUCUAUGUGGAGAUGAAAUGGGAGUUCACUAGCUGGGUGCCCUUGGUGUCCAAGAUCUGCCCUAGUGACACCUACAAAGUGUGGAAGAGUGGGCAAAACCUGCGGGUAGAUACCACGCUCUUGGGCUUUGACCACAUGACGUGGCAGCGAGGGAACCGCAGCUUCGUCUUCAGGGGCCAAGACACAAGCGCCGUGGUCAUGGAGAUUGACCACGACCGCCGGGUGGUGUACACAGAGACUCUGGCACUGGCUGGGCAGGACCGUGAGCUGCUGCUGGCUGCUGCCCAGCCCACUGAGGAGCAGGUGCUGAGCCGGCUUACCGCGCCCGUUGUCACCACGCAGCUUGACACCAAGAACAUCUCCUUUGAGAGGAACAAGACUGGCAUCCUGGGCUGGCGCAGUGAGAAGACAGAGAUGGUGAAUGGGUAUGAAGCCAAGGUAUACGGGGCAUCCAAUGUGGAGCUCAUCACCCGGACACGGACAGAGCAUCUUUCAGAACAGCACAAGGGCAAGGUCAAAGGCUGUAAGACACCUCUGCAGUCCUUCCUGGGAAUUGCUGAACAGCACGGGGGCCCCCAAAAUGGGACCCUGAUCACUCAGACUCUGAGCCAAGCCAACCCCACUGCCAUCACUGCAGAAGAAUACUUCAACCCCAACUUUGAGCUUGGCAACCGGGACAUGGGCCGCCCCAUGGAACUGACCACCAAGACACAGAAGUUCAAGGCCAAGCUGUGGCUGUGUGAGGAGCAUCCCCUGUCCCUGUGUGAGCAGGUGGCCCCCAUCAUUGACCUCAUGGCUGUCAGCAAUGCGCUUUUCGCCAAGCUCCGGGAUUUCAUUACCCUGCGCCUGCCCCCUGGUUUUCCUGUCAAGAUUGAAAUCCCAAUCUUCCACAUCCUCAACGCUCGUAUUACCUUCGGGAACCUCAAUGGCUGUGACGAGCCAGUGCCAUCGGUGCGAGGCAGCCCCAGCAGUGAGACCCCUUCCCCAGGCAGCGACUCCUCCAGCGUCAGCAGCUCCAGUUCCACGACCUCCUGCCGCGGCUGCGAGAUCUCCCCCUCGUUGUUCGAGGCCCCGCGCGGCUACAGCGUGCUGGGCGGCCAGAGGGAGGCGGCCACACGCGAUGACGACGAUGACCUGCUUCAGUUUGCCAUCCAGCAGAGCCUGCUUGAGGCGGGUAGUGAGUAUGAUCAGGUCACUAUCUGGGAGGCGCUAACCAACAGCAAGCCGGGCACUCACCCCAUGUCCUACGACGCUCGCCGACAGGACAGGAGCGCCCCGCCUACGCCGCAGCGCCAGCCUGCGCCCCCCGCGGCCCUGGCGUCGGUGCCCAGCCCUCGGCCCAGCCCGCGCCCCGGCCCAGGUGGCCAUGUGUUCCGGAGCUACGACGAGCAGCUGCGGCUGGCCAUGGAGCUGUCGGCGCAGGAGCAGGAGGAGCGGCGGCGGCGCGCGCGCCUGGAGGAGGAGGAGCUGGAGCGCAUCCUGCGGCUCUCACUGACGGAGCAGUAGCGCCCACUGCCGGGCCCUUCGGCCACGCCCCGCGUGACCUGCCUCGGAGCGAGACUCGCUCGCGCCCGCGCGCCCGCCGGGCUGCGGCCGGAGACUGGAGCCGCAGCCUCGGGGGCAUAGAGGCGCAUCCGGCACCAUGCGGGGAGGGGGCUCGGGGGACCGCGCGUUACCUGUCCCGGCCAGGGCCCUGUAGGCAGCUCGCACGGCCCGGUCCCCCUGCUUUGCUAUAUCCUGACGCCCACCACUCUAUCCUGGGCUCAGACUUGUCCAAGGGGGCCAGGCCGUCCUAAGGGGGAGCCGGGUCCUUAAAGGAGCAUUGUCCCCAUCCCUUGCUCCUUCUGGUCGGUCCUCCUUUUCUGCUCACAGAACCCACUGUAGGACACUGUCCGUGAAGCCUUUGCAUCUCCGCUCUUCACCCCUGGGGGGCAGCUGAGCUCCCCACGUGCUGUGUUGCUGCUUUGUCCCAGACACAAACCAGCACGUCAAGGGCCCAGCUCCUCCUUCACCCCGGCAUUUCAGCGUCAAGUGCACUUAGCGGGGUGCCCGGCUUCCCCAGCCCCCCACACCCCUCCCGGGUCUCAGGGUGGUCCCAGUUUCUCCUUGGGCGGCCAGAGGUUGUAGUCCCUAUCCCCAAGGCAUGCUUUUUGUGAUCAGGAAGGGUGCCCAAAGUGGCCCCCCGGCCUGGGCAAGGCCUGGUUCCUUCAUGAUGUUUUGGCAAAUGGGGGGCAUAUUUGGGCUGGGGGCAAGCACUAGACCCUGUCCCCCGGCCCCGCUUAUGGGCAGGUGCACCAUGGAGCCCUCUCACCGGCUCAGGGCCCUGGCACCACCACCCACCCCUUCCCACCAGCUGCUGCUAGCCCUCUGUGGUCGUGUGUCCCACCUGCCCCCACCCAGGGGCUGACUCUAAAACCCUUCAUCCAAUGGUGCUAACCCCCGGCUCUCCCCUGCCCCACCCCACCCACCCAGAGAAGCACAGACCCCGCUAGGGGCAGGGGCCCACUGCACACCCUUGUCCACCUUCUCAGGCUGGCCUUCCUGGCUCAGCCAAUGAGGCUCAGUAGGGACACAAAAGGGAUGGAAGAAAAGAACAAAGAGAAACUGUUCCUCUCACCUCCUUCCCUGAUGCCAGGGGCACCAGACUGACUCUGAGGCACAAAUAAAAGAGGCUUCAAACCCAAGGCUUUUCCUAGCUGGCUUUACUGGGGAAGAACGCCCACCUACGGGUUAGGGGUUCUUUCUGAAACUCAGUGUGGGAG